UUUGAGUGGUUUCGCCCUAGCAACUUCCUUCGCAACAAACAUUGUCCGCCAUUUUGAAAGGGACUUCAUAAACAAGAUUUGCAACUGUCUUCGGACAGCUCUGAAAAAAUGUGAUCAAAAGUUUUAUUUCAAACUUUUAGAAGACAUCGGAGCAACCUAUUUCAUACGGUUUGAUUCCGGCAAAGAGAACAAGAGGGAAACCGUUUGUUUUGUUGAGUACGGAUGAGCACAUCGACCAAGAUGUCUCGAGCAGCGAUGUCCAAGUCGAGGGCUGAUAAAACUCGUGGCGCUUCUCAGCCCCAACCUGUAGUCACGAACGACGUGGUUCCCGGCAGGUUUACUGAACCUGACUGGACUGGACUACUUGACAGAGAAGAUGGGGAGGAGUUUAUCAUGGACUGUGUGGAGGAGGUGGUUAACAGUGCCAUGGAUGAGAUCUACAGAAGAUAUAUCCAGAAACAGCUUCUUCCAUACACAGUCAUACAGGCCAAGGAUGCCAUUCUACAAAUUAUUGAGUGGCAGUUCCUUGCGAGAGAUGAGGGAGAAGGAGAAGUUCUUCAAGACCCUUCAUGGGAAGAAGAUGAUGAACCCCUCCCACCAGUGACUGACUCCUGGGCCCAAGGUUCUGUACCCACCAGGACCAAACCUGAACCAGCCACUUCAGACAAGUCCGACAGCCGACCAGCAUCUCAGGCUGGGUCCAGACCAGGGUCUGCCACUCAGGAGAAACAACCGGAAGUGGAGACAACAGUAGAAGUAAAGCAAGAACCCAAGGAAGCUGUGAAAGAGAAACCCAAAACAGAAGUGCAGAAAAAGCCAGUUCCUCCACAAAAGCCGAAGACAAAGUUUAAACCUCAUAGAGGACCCCUGGGUACUCCUGGUCUGAAGGAGAUGACAAAGUCACUCGAUGAGACUGAGUCAGAAAUCUUGAGGUCUGAAGAGUCCAUGAGGUUUCCUCCUGAACCAGUGGAAAGCCCACUUCUUAAGAUGCCUUCUUCAUGUCACAACAUCUUGAAGGUUCAGGCUGGGAGACCACCAGGGAACAGAGAUAUCGUGUACGACCAUGAAGGCAGGGUCAUCAAUGUCAUCAGGAUUAAUCCAGACAGGCUUCCAACGCACAGAGUAAAAACACAAUUCCAGAUUGUUGAUCCUCAGCUUGAGAAGGCCCAGGCCCAUGUCAUGGCUGUGAGAGCAGGAAAGAUAUCGUCUCUCAAGAUGAAAAAGAAGCCAACAAAACUGAGCACUGGUUACAUAGUACCUGGGAGUUCUACUGAACCAGCUACACAGGCUAGAGUACACGGUGUGACAGCCAUCCACCCAUCUGUCAGACAUAGUGUCAUUACAGGAACAUCAGCUGCCUCCACGAGGAAACUACCAGGGGAGUUGGAUGACAUUGAGGAAGUCAAGGCUGCACCUGUAACCCCCUUGCCGCCCCCACUGAUUGAGUCCAUGGAAGUGUCCCCUGGUGUCACGGUCAGAGAGGGCAGCCGAAUCAAGAAGGGCCCUCGUCAGCUUCCGAGGAAGUAUGACAUCAUCACACCAACAACUCAGCACGCUCUCCGACCACUGACGGACUCCUCAAAGAUAAACCCGGAGGUCCUUGUGCAGGAGAUUCUUGCGAGAAGAUCGCCCAUCUUACGCCCCCUCUCACCGUCUCGGCCUGUCCCACCCAUUGUCCCUCACCCCCCUAACAAACAGCCUGGCAUUACCACACAGGACUAAGUGGUCAAAGUUCAUGUAUCUCUUUAACAUGAUACAAAAGUGGCCUCUGUAACACCUCAGAACAAUAUCUAUAUGUUUUUGACUCUGUUAGUACAUCCCUAUGGCCAUCUGUACUUUUCUGAUAUGACAAUGAGUUUUUCUCGGAUAAGACCAUCCACCUUGAUGUAAGUCAGUGUGUUUAUUAUAUACAGAUGGGCUUAGAUGCCAAUCAAGAAUAACUAACAUUAUAUCAAUUAUUACAAGACAGCAGGGAGACCCAAGUUGGCCAAAAUUUAGACAUUUAUGUUUGUCCAUCUUUUCAUGCUGUUUUGGGAAUGUCUUGGGAAAUUGUCAUAUGUGAGAAAGAAAAUACUCAUGACAAGUCAGUAUGUGUGUAAAGAAGAAUUUCUCCCUUCCAAGGUAGCCUAAAAUUGAACUGGUUAUGGGUAUAUGGCUUGUAGUUGAAAACAAAGCUCUUUUCAGGAGCAUUUGCAAUCAAUUUGACUGCACUAACGAAUUUCAUAAUAGAGCUUAAUAAUAUGUACAAAUGUAAUUUUGAAAUGUACAGUGUUUUGAGGCAUUUAUAGCACUUGUUGACUAAAUACUGUGUUGCUAUUGUCACCAUAGUCAAGAAUUCUGAUUUUGUACUUUGUACACUAUUUUAUAAGGCAACAUUUUGCCUGUUGUAAGUAUCAUAUACUAGGAACAAUGCACAUUUUUCAGAUUAGACAAACUC